CAGCCGCAUAAUCGCGUCCGAUUAUAGGCCACCCUGUAUAUCCGUCGCCGCCAUCUCCGCGACCUCGGCGACGACGAGCGGAGUACCUCGAGGAGCGGUGUGUUUACUUCCGCCGUCUCUCGCUUCCCGUUGCCACGACUCGGAAGUCAUCACGCGAGAGAUGGCCUACAACUUCCCCGGGGUGCCGGCAACCGCUAUGCCGCCCAUGGGCAUGGGACCAAUAGGUCCGCUGGGCCCUAUCGCGGGACCACAGAGCUUUAUGGAAUUAGCGGGUCAAGGUUUCCCACCGAUGCCACCGCCGCCCAUACCACUGCCCGGCAUGAACGACUCGCCCCUGGAGUUCAGUACGAAUAAGAAUCAGCCCCCGGUGGUGCGGGAGACGUCGGACGACAGCAGUGACAGGAGGAGCGAUAAGAAUGACAACCGGAGGGAUCGGGAGAGCAGGGACGGUCGCGAGGCGCGAGACAACAACAGAAGGUGGAGACGCACAUCUCCGUUUGCCCUAAAGUGUACCCUACAACGUGUUCCGUGCAUCUAGAAACAUUCUAUUUUGUAGUCGAUGAAUACGUUUGAGAGAUUCGCAAGUUCAAUUGUAUGCUGUACAUUAUCGUACGUCGUCAACCAAGUUUUCAGGCGUUUCGAUUUGUUUGUAGAAUGCUUCUUGGCGCAGAGGGCACAUUCUAGAUUAGGCUUCAGUCAGGAGAGAUGGGAAACAUUUCAUUACAUGUGAUAUCUU